AUGAAGUUUCUGCUCUAUUUCUUACUGACCGUCUUUGUAGUCAGUCGGAAGAAUCGCGAAUUCGAAUACUAUGGACGAAUAACGUGCGAGAACGGAGAAUCUUGUCUCGGACGAGACUGUAAAGUCGAAUUUCAUGUGCUGAAGGGAGGCGAUUGGACGGAGAGAGAAGAGUAAGUUGGAAAAAGUAAAUCCAAGUGAGAAGUCUCUCAUGUAUCUUAGAAAAAAUAUUCUCACAGUUUGCCAAUUUUAUCCAGAUCCGGCGAACUACGCACUUGGCAUAGUUUGCUUAUUUGUUAGGCCAGUUUUCCUCAUUUUGCAAGCUCCUUCUUCGACAGUUGAAUAGUUCGGUGGUCGUUGAGAAAUACAAGCUUAAAGCUCGCCGGAAGGAGAUCGUUCACUAGCUCGGCGCCCUAACAUAUAAAUUCUUAUCUAAAUUUGAAUGCCCCGCUCUCUCUUGCCAGUUCUAUUAUAUUAUAUUUAAGGGAGGAAUAAAUCAAUAAAAACAGAUUUAACACAGUCAAACCUGUCUUAUGUUAGAAAUAGCCGUUGACAAGGCUAUUUUCAGUGCCUGUUCAAUCCGCACCACGUACAACGACAGCCGGUAUCAUAUCCGCUGCUACGCCGACUACGACAUGAGCUACGAUUUCUACCUGAAAUUUGCAGGUCAAUGCCAUGAUGACAGAAGUUGGUCGGAAAAACGGAUUCGGAUCAGAAAAAUAACUACACCUGUCGUGUAUACUGGCGACGUGGACAUCGAAAAGACAAAGAGGUUCAUCGACGAUUUGUAG